CUACCUUGUCUCAGCCUCUUACGAUCGCACUAUCCGAAUUUGGGAUGCAUUCGCGAUGCUGACCAAUCACACUCAUCAGACCAGCCACCAUUUGAGCACUAUUACGACUUUAUCCUUCUCUUAUGAUGGCCACCACCUCGUAUCAGGUUCCAACAACAGCAAUGUUAAAUAAAGUCUGGGAAGUAUCGACCGGUCGGUGUGUGAAUACGCUGAAAGGCCAUGCAGACGGUAUUUCGGAGGCACACUUCUCUCGCGACGGCCAGUGGAUUGCGUCCUCGGACAACCGUGACUUGCGGGUUUGGGAGGCGGCCACAGGCAAAUGCAUGCACAUUCUGGAAGUUCACGAUGGACUCAUAAAUCGCACCGCCUUCUCAUCGGAUAGCAGACAUCUGGCGGUGGCUUGUAAAAUUGGACUUCACCCCCUCCUUAGUCAUGAUAUCCAAGUUUGGGAUGUGGUCCAAGGCAUGCUUAUCCAAACCCUUCAAGUCGCCAGGGACGAAGUUGACCACGAUGCCCUGGUAUUUUCGGAAGAUGGCCGGUAUUCCGCAGCUUCAUCAUCUCGAGUGACUCACAUCUGGGAUACAACCACAUUCCCAUACGAAAUGGCACAGAAACUCAAGCAUGAUUUCUUUCAUGGGCAACCGGCCUUCUUAAACAACAGCAGAUAUCUUGCAACAUUUGCAGGCGAGUCGGUUCUCAUUUGGGAUAUUAAUCAAGGCCAACCCAUCCACACCAUCGAUACCACAGUUCUUGAUAUGAGACCCCUCUCAUUUGAUAUGAGGUGCCUCUCGUUUGAUAUGAGGUGCCUCUCGUUUGAUAUGAGGUGCCUCUCGAUUGAUAUGAGGUGCCUCUCGAUUGAUAUGAGGUGCCUCUCGAUUGAUAUGAGGUGCCUCUCGUUUGAUGAAAAUAACUUCCGGGUUGCAGAACAUGGGAAGGACGCACUACCUUUCGAGGAACUUCUUUGGCCUGGCUAUGGACUUUCUCGAGAUCUAGAAUGGAUACUUCGAGAUGGAGAGAAAGCCAUCUGGUUGCCACUGGAGUAUCGAGUAGGGUGCUAUCGAGUUCUAGGACGCACCAUAGCAUUAGGGUGCUUCGGGGGUCAUGUUCUCUUUCUGACUUUGUCUGAAUCAUGUUGAGAGGAUAUAUAUUUUGAAGAGUAUCAGUCCCUUCCGGUCAGCGCAUGCCAUGACGGAACUCCCAGGUGUGAGUUAGGCAGCAUCUCCUCCACCCGAUGCUGAAAGAAUCUGUUCCCAUCCAUACAUAGCCCUCCUAGCCGUCCCACUCCUCGCCCUCCUCGCCCUGCUCGCAGCUCCGCGGCCCGCCUUCCACGGCGACAGGGGCAUCCCUGGCGUCGACUUCAGCCUGACGCCGAACCACGGGAGAGAAAAUACGCACAAUCUCCUCGUGGGCGA